ACUUACGGUAAGGGUUGGAUUUCAGGAAGAAAAGUUGCCUUGAACGAGUUGUUUUUUCUCUUCUUACAAAGUUAAAAUAGCAUUGUCUCUGCAAAUUUAAUCAAAUGACUUAAUUUGAAGUUGUAUUGAAUAUGAAUUCUCUUAGAAAAUGGCUCUACAGGCCUAAGAGAUCAGAUCCAUCCCUCCUUGCACAGUUCUACUUUGCUGAUGAGGAGCUCAACCUUGUAGCAGCUGAGCUUGACAGCUUUGAAGGAAGAAAAGAUCCAGAGAGAUGUACAGCUCUAGUGAACCAGCUCAGGGCCUGUCAGGCCAGAGUUCUCAAUGUCAUCUCUCAGAUGAUGGAUGAAACUGUUAAAUAUCAACGAGCAUCUCGGGACUUCAGAGUCAAGUUUCCUGAUGAUGUCAUUCAGGAAAACCUUGCUGGGCAGCUAUGGUUUGGUGCAGAAUGUUUAGCAGCAGGCUCAAGCAUCAUGAAUAGAGAAGUAGAAAGUGCUUGCAUGCGGCCAUUAGCUAGAGCUCUGACAAAAAAUUUGGACAGUUUACGUACCAUACUGCGAGAUCAGUGUCUCUGUAACAUUCAGAUUUAUACAGAGGAGAUAAAAGAAUCAUUGAUCAUAUUUGACAAACUAUUUGCCGAAUUUGAACUAAGUUAUGUGAGUGCUAUGGUUCCCGUCAAGACAGCGCAUGAAUAUGAUAUGAUUCAAGAAAUAACUGUUCUCUUCUCUGAGACAGUGCAGAGGGCAUUAAAAAUAGGAUUAUUAACAAGAGACAUGAUUGAUGAGUAUGACCCAGCGCUGAUGUUCACCAUUCCUCGAUUAGCUAUUGUUUGCGGAGUUCUGAUUUUUAAUGAUGGCCCAUUAAAUCCGGACAACGAUCCUUGGAAUAUCUCUGAAAUGUUUAGACCUUUUCAAACUUUGUUGCUGAAAAUAAGAGAACUGCUUGGCAUCUUGUCUGUGGAGGAGCUGAACACUUUAGAGCGAGCCCUAUGCAGUCAAGAGGAGCCAUCUUUUCUUAUCAGUUUGGAGCAGAAGAAGAAACAAAAUUUGCGAGAGGAGCGUAGAAAAAUAAGAGAGGAGAGAAAAAAUCAAGUCAAGGAGAAAAGGGAAGAUUCAGAAGGGGAUGAUGGUAGUGUUGAGAGUGAACUGACUGCUCUGGAAAUUGCAGAGAGAUUAGAGGCAUUGGCUUUAAAUUACGAAGCUGCCAGAAUUGCAAAACAGACUCAAACCAAUGAAAAACCAGAACCUGAUGCCCAGAGCAGCCACUCGUCCACCUCCUCCUCUUCCCCUCUUCUCAGCGAAGGGGACACAGAGGGCAGCAUAGAAGUGGAGGUGGUGAAGAGUAGCGAGUCUGAUCAGUCUGAAGAUCUACAGCUACAGCGCUUCACUAAUCAGCUCUAUUUUGAAGCAAAUUUUGACAGCCACAACAUCAACCCAGAUGUUACUCAGAUUGGUCCUGUGAAUGCCUUUAUCCCAGAUUCUCCUUUCUUAUCCGAGCAAAUGCCAAACGGGGAGAUGGCGCUGCCAACGCAAAAUGGCUGUGUUGGAGAAAGUGCUGCAUCCAACAGGGCCAACUUUGCCAGGAGUAAAUGUGACAGUAAUGACUCUGGGCGCCACAGCGAGGUGGUGAGCAACUCUGGCAGCAUGUUCACCAUCUCCUCCAGUGACUCCAACCAGCUUUUAGGAGCCACAGCAGAUGACAGCAGUCCAACUCUAAUGGACCUGCAUGAGCAGUCUGUUGAAAACCAUUGCAGUCAUGACAAAGUGCAUUUAACAGAAUCUUUCACAACACAUGAAAUUGAUUUGAAUGCAAAGUCUCAAGAAUUAUUACCUUCCAUCGCCAAUGAGAAGUGCCUUUCUUCCACCAAAGCUGGUGUUGAGCCUGAAAAAGCAAGUUACAGUGAAGACAUAAUGGUCACCCCAUUAGAAGAGGCCACAGCUUUGUUGAAUUCUGUCAGCCAGUCAUCAGAAGCUACUCCACUUGGUCAUCAACAUUCAUUGCCCAUUAACAACGGCUGUACAGAGAUUCUUCACGCUAACACCUUGUCUCCACCAUCUAGUUGUGCAAUGAACAGUAUUAAAGUAGAAACUGUCUCCCCUGUGGAAAUUCAAGAUGAUUCUAGCCAUGUUGAUUCUACAGUGCUGGUACAUAAUUCAUCAUGUAAUGUAAAGUCAUGUAAUUUAUCUGAAGAUUUAGAUCACAUCACUGCUGCCUGUGCAAUUCAUGUGGACACAUCAUCUGAUGCCUGUCAAGCUAAACAUACUGUAGAAGACAAUGUCUGUGAUAACUCUGUGCCUCCAUGUAACUCAGUGACCGCUGCCCAGCGGGAUGGCUUUGCUCUACCCACAGCUAGUGCUGAUCUGCACUCACUCCUUCCUUCUGGAGAUCACCCAGCCAACACCACUGCACAGACAGAUGUUGAAGUAGACAAGGUUAACAACAACAUCAAAUCUCCACCAGUGUCUGAUGUUGGUUCAGAAAUGGAAGCAGGAUCCCAUGCUGCUCCCAUUGCAGAGCAACAAAUGCACACUACGAACAAUCUCGCCUUCACAAACUUGAUAGCAGCAUCACUGAACCCAAGUAACAGUGAAGCUGUUAACAGAACAGAAUAUAACUUAUUACCACCAGGUAACAGUGCAGUGUCUGGCAUCAAUUCCACUUCUCUUUCAUCCAGAAAUCAGUGUGAUUCUCAGGACAACACAGCCCACCUCACACAGAUUCCACCUCACAGCAAUUCCUUCAACCAUUCCCACACAACUGAUUCUCCAAGGCCAUCACAGGUUAUUCGUCAUGACUCCACAAAAAAUGUCCGCCAUAAAAAACCUGGGGUCAGGGGGUCUUCAAAGUCCUCAAAAACUGAAAAUAAAAGACAGAGACGAGGGGAAUCAGGGACAAGCUCAUCUCACAGUUCCGCAUUACCCAGGCAUGCUAAAGCUCUUAUGGACUCUCAUUUAUUAGAUGCUGAAUAUUGCAACAGCAGUGAAACCAGCUCGUACACUUCUGAUUGCGGAGACCAGGAAGAAAUAGCUCUAGCCAUUCAAGCUGCAGAAAACGCCACUCGUCAGCAGGUUAGAGCUCGCUUCAGAAGCAGCAGCGACAUGAUACACAGGCUCUUUGUUUGUAUAUCUGGUGUGGCAGAUCAACUUCAAACAAAUUUUGCUGGUGAUUUGAGAAACAUUUUACGAGCUGUUUUUGACAUGAAUUGCUCAGUCCCUAUGGACCACUCAGAUGGUGAGAAAAGUAAAGACACCACCCCCUUAGGGGCAGCUUACAGAGCUAUGUCUAGUGCCUCACAUACAGCUAGAAGAGCAAGGAGCUCUUCAAACCAAAGACAAAAACCUCCAGUUUGGAUCCCAGAUGAGCAGUGUAAUGAAUGUAUGUCGUGUCAAGUGCCUUUCACAUUUGUUCGCAGGCGCCACCAUUGUCGUAAUUGUGGAAAGAUUUUUUGUAGUCGCUGCUCAUCAAGUUCUGUGCCUUUGCCUCAUUUUGGUGAAGAAAGAGCUGUAAGGGUAUGCAAUAGAUGCUACAUGUUUCGUGUCACACCAUUCACCACCAGACCAGCACAGCAAUGACAAUUUAUAGGAAAAAAGUUUUUUUAAUCACAUACCAUGUUGAAUUUUAUUCUCGUUUUAAAAAUAUAAAAUUUUCAGUAUUUUGUGAUAUGGAAUCUAUUAUUAGGUUGGUUUUUCUCUCAAUAUUUUAAAGAGUAUUGUCCUUAAUCAUGUGUAAUGUUGAUAAUAUCUGAGAUUUUAAAAAUAGUUUUAACAUUUUUAUACUGCUCCAAAUGUUUUAGUGUCCCACAAUGCAGGUAUUGCCCACCACUUGAAGUUUUUACCUAGCUCAGUUUUAACUUUACUUUCAACCUGGAGUGUCACUAAGUCUUUCAUCUGUUCUCGAGCACAUUUUUACUGGGAAUUUUGUCAGUAAAUCAAAAUAGUUUAGCAGAGAUUAUUUAUAAAUUAAGCAUUUUAACAACUUAAAACAUGUAUAGAUAAUUUUGAGUAUUAAUGUUAAAAAUUAUUUUUAUUCCUUUACUUAACCAAUGUUGGAAGAAUCAAUAUUAAUUGCCGUGAAGUUUUUUUAAUACACUAAUGUAAUUAAAUUGUUUGAAAGUGAAUUUUUUCUUAAAUACUUGAUUUUAGAUUUCGUGUUUUGCCUGUUUUUUUUAAUAUAACAAAUGUAAAAAAAAUAUUAACAUCUUGUUGUCAUGAGAAAUAAUUUGAUGUAAAAAAAUUUAAGUACACAUUAUUAAGACCAUCAAAGAAAAAUAUUUUCAGACUACACAAAAACCUUUAAAACUAAUUAGCGACAUUUAAAGUCAUUGUUUAAUUAUCAGAUUUUUCAAUGGUAAAAACAUUUCAAGCUUACAUUAUAACAAAGGUUGCUUCACUUUUUUAAAUCACUGGCAUGAACAAAACUGCACAGUGGUGAUGAGGGUAGAGUUAAGGAUAACAGAAUAAACAAAAUUUUAACUGACAUUUGUAUUUAAAUAGAUGUCAGAAAAUCUACUUCAUUAAUCACAAAGAAAAUCCCAGCUUAAACAUUUUCUCUUCAGGAGAAAUACAAAAUUACGUCCUCAUCCGGGUAUUUAAUAUAAAAGUAAUUGUUAAACAUAACGUUUGUAUUUUGCAAAAUACACCUCAGCUAUUUUUGUACAGAACAUCGAUAUUGCAGAUUAUUAAAAAACAUGCAUGCUUAGAGAUCUUUAAAACCUAAGUACAAUGCAACUGGCAGUUUUUUUGCUUUGUAAAAAAAAACUUCAGAUUGUUUUCUUACCUGUUGGAUUUCUAUCACAUAAUGGUAUUUUUAAAAACUAUUGAACAGGUAAACCCAAAUGUAAUUUUAUUGUUGCUGUGAUGUUUUCUUUUAUGUAAAGCAAACAAGUCAAAUAAAGAGAUGUUUUAUUGCAUGUACUGUUUUUAGCAUCAGUCAUGUGAAUCUGAAUCAUGGUGUAAAAGUUAUAUUUUUUAAAUUAACAGCAACCAUUAGCUUUUAUAUACAAAUGUAAUUUAUUUGUAAACAAUGAUUUUUAUAACGUAACAGUAUAAAAAUUUUAAGUGGCUGUUUUUAAAUAGAACUUCAACUAGGUAAAGCCCCUCAAUUUCAUUGUUGACAAAUUUAAUGAACUAGUUUUUUAAUUGUUUGUUUGUCAAAGAUUAUUUUUUCAAGAAAAAUAAAGAAGUUUUAUAUUACUGU